AUGAAUCAAGAUUCAACGACUUUGAAUUUCCCAACAUCGGAAAAUGAGACAACAUCAACAAAAACCUACACCAUAAAUUCAAUAUCACCAAUAUCAGUAGACAGUUUCAAUAUUGACACUACACUUGGGUUUGAGUCGGUUUCUCCUAAUAUUCUUAAUGGUUUUCCAGGAAACGAUAUUCCUCUACAACAACAGCAACAGGAACACACAGGAGGAUAUGAAAAUCGUGAUGAAUUUCUCUUGACAAAUCAACAAAUGUUAAUAAACGAGGUAGACUCUCUAAUUAUGUUGAGUAAUAUCAACUACGAUGAAUCACCAGCAUCAUCGUCAUUAUCAUCAUCUAUGAUUUUUCCAAAUACUUCAAACUCCAUGUAUCAAAUCAGUGAAAAUUCCUUGUCAUCGCCCUUCUCGCAAUUCGGAAUUAGUUUGCAUAGCUCUACAUCUACAAGUGUGACUAAUAACUGUGAUGGUAUAACUGGACAGAAAUCUAAGAGCACGACUAAAGUACUUAAGAAACCAAAGGGGGAACUUACUACAACAAUACGGAAAAAGAAAUAUCUGCCACGAUCAAGACAUGCAUGUAAUAAUUGUCGUUUGAAAAAAUUAAAAUGUGAUGAGCAAAAACCACAAUGUUCAAGAUGUUCAAAGAAAGGAUAUGAUUGUGUUUAUCAUUUUAAUGUUCAAUUUAAACAAGAUGUGGAGGCAAGAGGUAAACGAUUUGGCCGUGAAGGAAUAAAUUCA